AACCGAAGAGCCAAAUGGCGAAAAGCCGAACGACUGCGCAAAGAAAGGGAGGACAAGACAAACACCAAAUCCAGUGACAGCUCAUCACUAAGUAAUAUAAAUGUGGAGACGGCCGGCAAUAAUGAGCUCAUUAUAACUCCCGGCUCAUCGCCUGAGCCCAAAGCCAACGGCGACCUCAGCUGCAAUUCAUCAGUGGGCUCGCCAUCCAAUGACACACUGAUGACCAAACCAAAGCUCAUGGACAGGCAGUCGACACCGGAGUCUCAGCUCAAUAUGCAAAUCGUUCAAAAGUCGCUCAACAACUGCCACCCGUUGUUCAGUCCGGCGCUCAUCACUUCCCAGUCGGCUUCGGUCGCCAAUCGCGGCUCCAUCGGUGAUCUCGGCUCAGGUGGUAUCGGCUCCGGUAUCUCGUCAUCACUGCGGUCGCCCCCACUCUCAUUGCACGGACAGCCAUCUUUCAUGGAGUCGUCAGCUCUACUCAAAGAGCUAACGGCUAACCAUCCGUUUGGGCCGUCAUUUCCGCUGCGAAACUCAUUUCUGUCCGCAUUUACCACUUCCGACAGUGUGCUGAACGCGGCGGCGGCGGCGGCUGCCAACUCAUCGGGCAGGUUCUCGAGUCUACAGCCCCUGUUUGUGCCUGCUCAUAUGGCACACCAGUUCGCAGCAGCCUCCUCUUCAUUCCCAUUCAAAGCUCUGUGCGCCUGUUGUUUACCCAACAGUCGGCCCGUCUCUCCUCUACCGCCGACCUCCUCCUCCUCCAUGAGCUCCACCACCACUACCUCAGCGGCGGCUAACAUGCCGUCUCUCGUGAGCCAUUCAGCCGCCAAUUUGAGUACUUCUUCGAGCACUUCCAGUGUCAAUGAGUUGAGACGUAAAGCCAAAGAGCAUUGCGAGUCUGUGUUGGCUCAGGCGUCGGCGCCCGCAUACAAGCCCUCAACCCUCUCGUCAACCGUUUCUUAAUUGCUUUCGUAAAUAGUAUUGAUAUUUAUGAACCAUUUAUGAA